UAUUUAAGGUGAUUUCAUAAGUAUCACAACGUAUCCUACAACUAAAACGCACCGUUUCAGCUAUCGAAGUUGCCGGAGUAAUUGACGAAGCUCCGCCUCCUCCUCCAGUCCUACAACUGUCUAAUGAUCGGUUUCUCCCGCAACCUCUCCACUGUCUCCAAGCUUAGUCAUUUACAGAACCUCCAAACACGGGGGUCGCCAAAUUUCAUUCCCUUUCCUCAGUUGCAACACCAGCGGAAGCUUUUAGAAUGGCGACUCAUGAGUAUUCUUCACGACUGCACGCUCUUUUCUCAAAUCAAGCAAGUCCAUGCCCAUAUCAUCCGCAACGGAUUGAGUCAAUGUUCUUACGUCCUCACCAAACUCAUCCGCAUGCUCACGAAGGUAGAUGUCCCCAUGGGUUCCUACCCACUUUUGGUUUUUGGACAGGUUAAUUAUCCCAACCCCUUUCUUUGGACUGCCAUGAUACGUGGAUACGCGCUUCAAGGACUCUUGUCUGAAUCUACUAACUUCUAUACUAGAAUGAGGAGGGAUGGCGUCGGUCCUGUUUCGUUUACGUUUUCGGCGCUUUUUAAGGCAUGUGGGGCUGCUCUUAAUAUGGAUUUGGGUAAGCAGGUGCAUGCCCAGACGAUUUUGAUUGGAGGAUUUGCUUCUGAUUUGUAUGUAGGUAACUCGAUGAUUGAUUUGUAUGUGAAAUGUGGGUUCUUGGGUUGUGCGCGGAAGGUGUUCGAUGAAAUGUCUGAAAGAGAUGUGGUUUCUUGGACUGAACUGAUUGUUGCGUAUGCGAAGUAUGGGGAUAUGGAAUCUGCUAGUGGUCUGUUUGAUGAUUUGCCUUUGAAGGAUAUGGUGGCAUGGACGGCAAUGGUCACGGGUUAUGCCCAAAAUGGCAGACCAAAAGAGGCAUUGGAGUAUUUUCAGAAAAUGCAGGAUGUAGGUAUGGAGACCGACGAAGUUACACUGGCCGGUGUCAUUUCAGCCUGUGCUCAGUUGGGCGCAGUUAAACAUGCUAACUGGAUUAGAGACAUUGCUGAAAGAUCAGGUUUUGGACCUUCUGGAAACGUAGUAGUGGGAUCUGCUCUUAUUGAUAUGUACUCUAAAUGUGGCAGUCCUGAUGAGGCAUAUAAGGUUUUUGAAGUAAUGAAGGAAAGAAAUGUAUUUUCUUAUAGUUCCAUGAUUUUGGGAUAUGCAAUGCAUGGUCGUGCUCAUUCAGCUUUGCAGUUAUUCCAUGAUAUGUUAAAAACAGAAAUCAGGCCAAAUAAGGUUACUUUUAUUGGGAUACUUUCAGCCUGCAGCCAUGCCGGUUUGGUUGAACAAGGCCGACAGCUAUUCGCUAAGAUGGAGAAGUUUUUCGGUGUUGCUCCGUCACCUGAUCAUUAUGCAUGUAUGGUAGAUCUCCUAGGUCGAGCUGGAUGUUUGGAAGAAGCACUCGACCUCGUUAAAACCAUGCCAAUGGAACCUAAUGGAGGUGUAUGGGGAGCACUGCUUGGGGCUUGCCGGAUCCAUGGGAAUCCUGACAUUGCUCAAAUAGCUGCGAACGAACUAUUCAAGCUCGAACCAAAUGGUAUAGGGAACUACAUUUUGCUAUCGAACAUAUAUGCAUCAGCAGGAAGGUGGGAGGAAGUUUCGAAAUUGAGGAAAGUAAUUAGAGAAAAAGGCUUUAAGAAGAAUCCGGGCUGCAGCUGGUUUGAAGGGAAGAAUGGGGAAAUUCACGAUUUCUUUGCAGGUGAUACAACUCAUCCACGAUCAAGUGAGAUUAGACAAGCCUUGAAGCAACUAAUUGAAAGAUUAAGAUCCCAUGGAUACAAACCAAACUUGGGCUCUGCUCCUUAUGAUUUGACUGAUGAUGAAAAGGAAAGAAUACUGAUGAGUCAUAGUGAAAAGCUUGCAUUGGCAUAUGGGCUGCUAUGUACUGAAGCUGGUGAUACCAUUAAGAUUAUGAAAAACAUUAGGAUAUGCGAGGAUUGUCACAAUGUCAUGUGUGCUGCAUCAGAGAUCACAGGAAGGGAAAUCAUUGUAAGGGAUAAUAUGAGAUUUCAUCACUUCCACAAUGGGACUUGUUCAUGUGGUAACUUUUGGUGAAUCAUGCGUUGACAGUCUCCUCAUUCUCAACUGAUUCCUUGCUGGGAGAAAACCAUUGUUGAGAAUCAUUCUGCGUUAUGCACUGUUGUGAGUAUGAACAGUGAAUGAUGUAGAAGCCGUGAUUCGGUUAGAACCACCAAUCGAGUGCCCAUAAGUUCAUUCUGAAGCUUCAAUUCAUGGCGGCCUGGAUACUUUAACGAGACAUUCAAUAACGAUGUUUUGUUCUGUUUCUUUGUGUUCCUUCAUGCUUGUGUUCACACAAAGUCUGGAUUACUAACAUUAUUCUUUUUGUAUUGCAUCAUAAAGAUCAAAGAAUUAGGCCAUAUCACUCAUAGGAAGGCGAUCAAUUUAGUCUUUUACCCGUUUGGUUUGCAAAUAAGUACAAAGUCUUGUUUUCUCACUAA